UUGCUCGCGUGGUCGGUUUCGGACUUGAAAGCCACUGAUGAUGGUUGGGCGUUUUCCCUCUGCGGGAGAAAGGGUUAGGCUCAAGCUCCGUUAGGUUAAGGGAGGGCGUGUGGUUAGAUGUUGGUGGCAGAUUGUAAGUGAUAAUAUACGAGCCGUCAGGAUACGGAUAAGGGAGCUGUGCUAGGUGCUUGGGCAAUCCUCCAAGGUAGUAUUGUACCUGUUCCCUCGUUUCUCUCCUCUGAAUCGAUUUCUCUUUCUUUCCUUUGCUUUGGUUUUUGGUACACAUAUACAUACAACAAACGACUUUACUUAAUGGUGUGCUGAUUUGACGACCGUGUGAGAAAGAGAUAUUAUUUGGUUUAAGAGCUUGGAUUGGAAACAAGAUGGGCUUCUCGUUCAGAAAGGGCAGUGUUAUGGAGAGGAUGGGCUACAGCGAUGAGACCAAAUUCCAUCAGAUCGAAUCGCUGGGAGGUGCCCUGGAUGCUUUGAGGACGAAAGGCUCGCGCAUGAAGCAGAAGAUUAUCGCUGGUUCGAUCGUCUCUGUGCUGCUGGUUUUCGCAUUCCUCGCUUUCUCCCCUGAUACCACAACCUCCUCGCUACGACAAGAACAACUCAACAAAUGGUGGAAGACCCACGACGGAACCGACGCGGCAAUUGAGAACGGCAUCUGGAACAAAACACCAGAAGACCAAGAAGCAGAAGUCGCGCAAGGAACUUGCGACAACGUACCCGAGAUCAUUCAAGUCGCCAUCCUCGAAACUGUACGCGCUCACGAUGAAGUCGAUGCCGCCCUCGUCCACUCGCUCGCCUCGCAACCAAACGUCAAUCUGACACUCUACCAACAAGAACCCCGCUUCGGCAGCGAAAAGAUCUUCCACGCUUUCGGUCUCGACUAUGCCGGUCCACUCCACCCUGACGAUUUCAUGGGCACAGACAAACACACCACAAUUCCCGACUUCUUGGUACUUACAACAUGCGAAUUAGCUCUCCGUCAAGCACCCAAACGUCUCGAAGCUCUCCUGGAACAAGGUAAAACCCGCCUCAUCUGUAUAGUCCACCACUCGGACCACUGGGCCGAAGAACAGCGCAAAUCCGACAUCCGCCCUUGGGUCGACGCAGGCAUGAUUGAUUUCUGGACACUCUCACCACACACGGCGACUUUCCUCUCCAACACAAUCGCAGCUUGGGAUUCCAACGACAGCCAGCCUUGGGAUAACCCUCCAUCCCCUCCCAUCCGUGUCUUCGUGCCUAUUUUCCCAGUCGUCGCGCCCAACAUCACCAUAUCAGAGAAAGCAAUGCAAGGCUUGAGUUUCGCCAUGCAAGGUGACUACGAUCCUCACCGCAGAGAUUACAAGCAUAUUUUCGAGCGCCUGGGCAACUUUUUGGCAGAGGCGGAAAGAAAUGUUUCCAUGCAUUUACUCGGUCAGGGCAACCGACCCGAAGUCCCAGAAAAUGUGAAAGCGCAUGUUUUCUUCGAUCAAGGGUUGAGUUAUACGGAUUUCUAUGCGUUGUUGUCGAAGGUUUCUGCUGUGUUGCCUGGGUUUGCGAGCCCCGAGUAUUUGGACCGCAAGGCUUCUUCGUCCGUACCUGCUUCUUUGAUCGCCGGCACACCGCUGGUUGCGGAUAGAAGAUUAUUGGAGGCUUAUGCAUAUGUGGAGGAGGAAAGUGUGUGGUUGCAGGAGGAUGGAGAGAAUGAAUUUGAUGUUGUUGGCAGGAUGUUGGCGGCCAGUGCCAAGGAAAGAGAACAAAAGAGCCAACACGCCAAAGACAACGCCCAGAGAAUCAUCGACGGCAACGUGAGAAGGGUAGGGGAGUGGCUAGAAACCGGCAUCAUCCAGAUGUACUGUGCUGGCUCCGAGGGAGAAGACGACUAGAUUCUUUUUUCUUUCUUUAUUGUUUAUAUUAUCUUCCUUUUCCAAUCCCCUUGCGUGAACCGAAAUCUUGAAAUCACCUAUCUGACUGUUUCGAAAAAAAGAACUGUUGGCUGCUUACUGUUCCGAUUGCAGAAACACCGACAUGGGGUAUGGCAUAAACAAGACAUUGAAGUUCAGGGGUGCAUAUGCAAAGACGGGAGGGAAGCAGCGAAGCAUAAAAAGACAAAUCGGAAACCCAAAUGCCACAGCCAAGAAAACAUGAUCCUACACACCUCAAAGGACAAUCAUGGCUGAGAAUUAUA